UUCAAACCUCAGACUCUUGCUCAAACAUCUUCGCUUCAGCUUAAGUAUGAAUAUUUUGAUGUCGUACUAGCUAUCAUAUAUAUAAUGGCUUCAGCAUAUCCUCAGUCCCACUCCCUUCCCUUCACUCCUUUUUAACUGGUAAAGAUCGAACCGACAAAGCUGCUGAAGCAUCGAUUCUGCACGUCCCACAUUCCUUCUGCAAUGCCUGGUGUGCCCAUGAACCUUCUGUUACAUACCGUUAUCAUCUGUAGCCAGGUUAUUGUCCUGGCAUUUGGGUAUGGAUUUCUUGGUGCAGUUCUCUAUUAUGGUUACCUCUCUCCACCCGAUCAAGUCGCCAAUUUAUGGAAGCAUCGCCCCCAAGAUUUGACAAUGGUAGUCACAUUAAUCGCAACUGCGCUUUCAGUGACUACCGCAAUUAUUUUCACAAUUUCAAUGAAGAAGGCAUUGAGACAUCGGAUGUCGGAUUCCAUUUCUCUCAUUCAGAUAAGCGCUGGUGUCGCUUUGUCGAAGGGCUCAUACAUAUUGAGGCCUGAGUACUUGCGACUGACCACUAUGACGCUGUUCGUCUUUGGUGUCCUGAGACUCUUGACAGCAGGGUGGACGACUCUCCUGACACCAACCCCCUUCCUAUGGCCAAUUCAGAUGCAGGGAUCUGAACUUGACAUUACUGGAACUGCGUUUGCCACCUUGCUCUCCGGAGAAUUUCAAACGCAGGGUAUUGUUGACAUCCAGGACAAUGCUUUCGAGGUUCUCGACAUCGGCGCAAUGUUAAGCGGAGUCUCUGCCGCAGGGUAUACCUAUGGUCUUCCUGGGACAUUCAAUUUCAAUGGCGCAAAAUAUAACGUAUCUACUCAGGGGAUUGUGCCCACCAUCGAGAAUUUUUCUGGCUCGGAUGGAGUUCCGGAUGCCAACAGUACUCGUCUUGGGUUUUCUGGUGGAAAUGUCACGGUCAACACAAGACAGAUAUCGGGAAAACAUACCAGCGUGCAUAUUCCUCAAGGCUUCAACAGGAACUAUUCCAUGUGGCAGCAAGGGUUAACAGCCGACGUCAGCUGCCGGGCCAUUGACUCAAGUUCAACGCAGUUCCUUUGGAACACGAGCAACUCCUCUGUUAUCUAUACCAAUGCAGCUGCUUCGAACGACUCCAUCACUGGUCUUCGCCUGUGGAAUAUAACUGCAAACUGCGGUGCCAACACGCUCACAACGCAGGAAUAUGUGACCAAGGUGGAUGCAAAUGGAAAUGCGAGCUUGUCAGGGAGUGGCUUUCUUCCUUCCGUUGUGUGCCCGGGGCCCAUGAAUUUGACUCAAACUUAUACAAGCUUCACGAUUCUUUCACAAGGAUUUUACAAGUAUAGGUUCCUCGAUGCAAGCGUGUGCGAAGUGACCCCACUGUUGACUACAGUCCGCGCCAAUUAUUCCAACGACCUGAUUUCUUCCGAGGUCAAUUCAUCAACCCCUUUCGGGCCAGAGAAUGUUCACCUACUGUCAUUCAUUGCCGGAAUGGUCAAGUUCCAGUCGAUCAACUCGCAGGGGCUUAUAAGUAGCGCGAUCGGAGAUACUCUAUAUUCCAUCUAUUCCUCAACGACUAACACAUCUAUCGACGACAAUCUUGGAAAUCAGACGCAGGUUUACCAGGAGCUGGAGGAGUAUUGGCGUGGCGUUGUUGAGUUUUCGGCCACAUUCCUUCGCUCCGGGUUUAUGGUUGUGGGCAGUUUCCCCGAUAAUACGAUCCCGGACAACCUCAUCUCCCAAGUCAACGGGACAAUGUACAUAUCGACGAUCGGUUGGACUCGGCGGUCGGCGACAUAUCUUCUCGCUAUCCUUCCCAUCACUAUCACUACCAUGCUCACAUUCGCCUGCGCUUUGUAUAAUAUCUUACGGGCUCGGAAAGAGAAUAGUGGCCAUAGGACCACAUUCGAUCCGGCAAAUACCCUUCAUCUCAUUAUGGCAUCCGCUGCCGGGAACCUGACACUCAAAGAUUUCAACAGGAAAGGGAUUAUCGACAACGAAGACGUGAGGGUGCAACUGCAGGAGUCCAAGGACGACCAUGGUGUGAAGAAGAUGUUUGUGAUAGCUGACCAACCGAAUUCGGUGGCGUCGCAGGAGAGCCUUGUAUGAUUUUUGGUACCAUCGCGCCAUGCAGUUGUCUUUUCUUAUUGGUAUACCCAUGCUUACUCCUGUCUGAUUGUAAUGGUGGCGUUGUCGGACAGAACCUCCUAACUACACUCAUUUGUUGUUAUUCUACAGUCGCCAUCGGCCGAGUACUUUGCUACCCAUUCUUUACCUCUUUUCCCUGUUCCCGCGUCUGUCUGAUACUCGCUGUUUUAUGGCCUUAAAUACAGCUGUUAGUCGUAGAGUUCCACUAGUGUAUUUUGAACCCCCGAAUUGGACACUUUAAUCAUGUCAUUUUUCGUUCGAGCC